AUGGACCUCUCACGAUUGUUUCUGUUGAUCCAGAUUGAGUUUGUCUUCCGUGCCGGCAUCGACAUGGUUCACGCCGGACAGAAACGAAAGCGCUCGCCGAGUGAGAACAUCCCGCCGACACCGCAACCUCGACACCCCUACCUCACCGGCAACUUCGCGCCCAUACAACAGACUCUCCCUCUCACACCGUGCACAUAUACUGGACAGAUACCGGAAGAGCUAGCAGAUGGCGAAUAUGUACGAAAUGGCGGCAACCCGGUCUCGAAUGACGACCUCGGACGAGAUGCACAUUGGUUCGACGGCGAUGGCAUGCUCUCCGGUGUUGCAUUCACAAAGGACGAGGCAACAGGACGAAUACAGCCAGAGUUUGUCAACCAGUUCAUUCUCACCGAUGUAUAUUUGAACACACUGGCAUCGCCGAAACUGCGAGUACCCAUACUCCCCUCCAUCGCCACAUUGGUCAACCCACUCGCGAGCUUCAUCUGGGUUACGAUACGAAUAUUCCGGACAAUACUGCUGGUCAUAUUGUCACAUCUUCCCGGAUCGAAACAAGCCAUCAAGAAGAUUAGCGUGGCAAAUACAAAUGUGGUGUACCAUGAUGGAAGAGCACUGGCGACGUGUGAGAGUGGACCGCCGAUGCGUAUACAACUACCAGGCUUGGAGACCGUCGGCUGGUACGAUGGUGCGAAUGCGCAAGGAGAGCCAAAGAAGGAGAACACCGCAAAGGUGGUCACACUGGGACAGGACAGUGGACUGAUCAGCUUCAUGCGGGAGUGGACGACUGCGCAUCCAAAGGUGGAUCCCACCACAAAGGAGAUGCUCAUGUUCCACUCUUCUUUUGCGCCGCCAUACGUGCAGUACAGCAUUGUGCCAAAGUCGAGCGAAUGCGAAGGCGGCGAAGGCCAGACAAGACGCAGCAAGAUCCUCAAUGCUGCAGUCCCCGGCGUCACCAGCGCGAAGAUGAUGCACGAUUUUGGCGUUUCACCGACCCACACUGUCAUUAUGGAUCUGCCUCUAUCUCUGGACCCGAUCAACCAGUUGAAAGGCCUUCCCACCGUCACCUACACCCCGAGCAAGCCAUCUCGAUUCGGCGUCUUUCCACGUCGACAACCCGAGUCGGUUCAGUGGUUCGAGACAGAUGCAUCAUGUAUCUUCCACACCGCCAACACUUGGGAUGAUGUUUCCUCCGCAGGCGAGACAACAGCAGUCAACAUGCUGGCUUGCCGACUGACCUCCGCCACGCUGGUCUUCGCUGCUGGUAACAUUGCGCCGCCAAUCGAGAAGCUCAAGGCACCACCGGUCAAGGCUAAGCGGAGGAUGCCCUUCUUCUCAAAAUACGAUUCGGCCACAGAGGUUACAAUCCACGACCUCGACUCGCCGACGGACGAGAAAGAGCCAUUACUCACAGUCACAACCGUAAACGAAGCUGGAGAGGUCGAGGAGCUGUUCGAAGAAGAUCAGUGCAGACUGUACUACUACCACUUCGACAUGACCACCCACAACAUCACCCACCAAUGGGCUUUGUCCUCGAUCCCGUUCGAGUUCCCCUCCGUGCGACCGGAUGUGGAGAUGCAGAACGCACAGUACAUUUACGGAUGCAGCACCACUACAACCUCCUUUGGCUCGGCGCUGGGCAAAGCCACAAAGAUCGACGCUCUGGUCAAAAUCGAUGCAAAGACCCUCAUCGAGCGAGGCAGAAGGACACCGCCUCCGAGUGUAACCGGCGUAGUGGAUUCGAGAAACAUGACGCAGGUAUUGGCCGACCAACACGACCCCACCGAUCCCAUCCGCGUGUUCACCAUGCCUGAAGGCUGGUUCGCGCAGGAACCGCGAUUCGUGCCGUCGUCAUCCAAUGCAUCCGAAGACGACGGAUAUCUCCUCUUCUACGCUUUCGACGAGGGUCAGCUCAGCUCUUUGGGCGACGUUCCCGACGACGUCUCACCUUCGAGAGCUAAGAGCGAGUUGUGGAUUGUGAACGCGAAGAACAUGACGGAUAUCGUGGCGAGAGUGCAGCUACCGCAGAGAGUACCGUACGGUCUACAUGGCAGUUGGUUCACGGCCGAGCAGAUUGCCGAGCAGAAACCUGUCGAGUGUAUUCGGACGACGGCCAAGGCGUUGGAGAUGAGACACACGAGAUGCUUCAACGAUACCAUCGAGGCUGAGCUGCUCGACGCUUUUCGGGUGCGCCGGACCAUGGGCCAACGGAUCACGGUACAGACCGAGCGACUGGCGUCGGUGGGCAAUGAUUGA